ACUCGUCUCUCACACCCUUAGCCAGAAAUCGCUAUCAUGCCCAAACGUAAAGCUGAAUUACACAAGAGAGACAAGAGGCGCGAACGUGCACCGCAAGAGCCAGCUGAACCUGACCCCGCGCUGUUUAUUCAAGCUCACGAGGCCGAUAUUAUCAGAGGACCAAGAGGACACGCCGCUGCGCUGGCGCUGGAAGUCAGAACCGUAGAUGGCCAGCUCGUGCAAGGGGAGGGACUGAUUCAGUGGAAGGGCACAGCGGACGCACCUUAUAGGGAACUUGGAGAGGAUGAAGAUGUUGCAGAAGUUAAGGACGACGAAGACCGGAAAGCUGUCUGGGUAGACAGGUACGACGCCCGCCUCCUCCUCAAUGCUCUUCCCGAAUCCACACGUGCACAUUCUCCGAGCAGUGCAUCGCCCACAGGCUGGUCUGACCUCCCUUCCGAUACCGAAGAUACGUUCUUCCUUUCGCCAUCCGAGGUAGAGGACCACCAGCGCAACAAGCGUCGACGUGCCAUAGAGCAGGGGCGUGAGUCGCGCCUGCGUGCGCUGCGCGAGUCAGAAGGUGACAGCGGACAUGCUCCUGAAGAUGAGUGGGGCGGAAGCGAUGAGGAUCCGGAGGAAAGCCAGAGAGAACUGAUGCGCCGGACGGCAUCGCACGUCCUCUCCUCACCAAAUCCAGCACAACUUGAGAUGCGCAUCCUCGCGAACCACGGCGCCGACCCACGCUUUGCAUUCCUGCGCGGCCGCUGGGCGCAGGCAUGGCGGCUCGAGAAGGGACGCAUACGGGCUCAACAAGAGGAGGAGAAGCGGAAGAAAGAGGAGGCGGAGAAGGACAGGGCGGGUUUGGGUGGAUUGACAGGGUAUGGUGACAGUGAUGAUAAUGAGGAUGUGGAUGAGAGUGCGGAGGCACUGGACGGUUCUGCAGGGGCGGGGCGCGCACAGGCGGAGAGCGAGGGUGUGUCUGUACAAAAUGCGAACAGUGCCGUUAUGGAAGCGAGACGCGCGAGGGCGAGGGAAUGGGCUGCUCAGCGGCGAGCGGCAGCAGCUAGAGAUAUUCAACAACAGAACACGGCAUCAUAGCACGCUCUAUCACCGAGCUCGACCCGAUAUUAACAGACAUUCUCUGUAUGACUUAAUUCCGCCUCUGUCGAUCAGGUAUAGACUGAUGAAUGCUUACUAAGAGCAACAUGCAGUGGGCAGAACGAUGUACCUUGCUAUUGGAUCCUAGCUGUCGGCCGUUAUCGCAUUCGCCCUUGAGGCUAUAUUGUAAACAAGGUCUCUGUCGUCGAUGCGGACUUCCCGUGUCCAUGUGAGGCUACUCAC